AUGCUGAGGCACCGGGGCUCCGUCUUACUUACUAUACUCACCUUCAUCUCACAAUUAUCAUCAGAACAAAUAACUUAUUCCGAUGGCUGGGUACCCGUGUCACACGAUGCUAUUUACAGUCAAUUAAGAAGAGAGUCUACACACUAUCCUGUUUACCUUACAACAAAGCAUCCCAUUCAUCAUGAUUACAUGAAUUUGGUGGAAAACGAAAUUAAUUCACGAAGAGAAAUAAGAAAUUUCAUGGAAUCUACGGAAUUUGUUAAUGAGAAACCUGUUGAGAGUAUCCGUGAAGCAAGUACCUUAAAAGAGGUAGAUCAAACAGAAGAAAAUCGCAAGGAAUUUUCCAGAAGAGCUAAGAAAGUUUGGGAUCAUGACAGUGAUGUUAAUAUCGAUACAAUUUUGGCUAAAACUGAUAUUGAUACUGAAGUAAAGCAUUCAAGUAAAGAUGGUGGUUUAAACAAUACACCUACUGCAAAAACGUAUGAAGUAACUGAAGAUACAGAUAAAGAUUUGCUUUCAGAGGAUAAUACUACAACCGAAUACGGAUAUGAAUAUAAACCACCUACAAACAAACCCCAAAAUUUAACUUCAACAUUUUACCAAAUCCUAUCCAAAUAUAACAUCAACACUGACGAUAACUUACAAAAUUAUGACCUAUCUCUACGGGAUAAGGUUCAAAAUUCACCAAGAGCUGCGUAUCGGAUUCCGCUACCGUAUAGAUAUAACAGUUUGGAUCAUCUGCCCGUGGAUCCAUUGCUAGCUGUUUUUCUAUCAAACUAUGGGUUCUAUUUACCAAGUUUGUAUGGGAUCAAUGCUAAUUAUAAUAAUUUGUACGGCUAUCUGGCCUCUAAUAACAUUCACAAUAACAAACCCUUUGGUUUGUAUAAAAUUUUCUCUGAUACUGAUUCAUGGAAUUAGUGUUUGAUGUUAUUAUUCUG